AAGGAUGUUAUUCUCGGGGCCAUUUCAGUUGCUCCAGUGAAUUCAGUUCUCCAAAGCGGCGGUGUUUACAUGGGGUCUCAAUGUCCAGUUAUGGUCAAAAACUCAAUACACGCUUUGGAUGACAGGAUAGAGGAGAUGGAUCCGAGAUAUAAAAAGAUAGUUGGCAAUUUGGCUGCUAACUUGGCAGCGACGACUCUGAAGGUGAAAUCGAGAUACUUCCAUCGUAUCGGUGUUAGCAGGAAGGGAUACUUGAAAAGCUAUGACGAGAUUCGAGGAUUGCCAGAGCACAAUGUCUUUGGCCCUGGAAAGAAGUAUACUGUCAUUGUCCGCCACAGCAAUAGCUUGAGUGCCGAUGACGAUGCGAGGAUAGAUGCACGAGGAGCGGCACUAAGAAUACUCUCGAGUGAAAAGGGGGACACUUCUCCACUUCUCGACUUCACUUUGAAGACAGGGAAGGCGUUCUAUGCCCGCACAGUCUCCGAUUUCGCAACCUGGCUGGUGUGUGGGCUUGCCGCGAGGGAGGAGCACAUCAAGCGGGCCUCGCACGUGCGUGAUGCAGUGUGGACCUCCAUCUGUCAAGCUGACUCCUAUGCGGAUCUGCAUUACUACUCGAAUAUCUGUAGGCUCUUCCGCUUUAAGGACGGACAGGAAAUGUAUGUGAAGUUCAAGCUGAGGCCCUCGGACGAAAAUAUUGGAGAAGAUUUUGGUAAGGUGGAACCCUCGGGGAUCCUUCCGCCUGAAACCGGUGCGAUACCAAGGGACGCUAAUGACACCCGCCCAUUACUUUUCCUAGCUGAAGAUUUCCAGAACCGUGUGAACUCUCCGAACGGGCUUCAAGUCAGGCCAAUUCCACAGGACGAAGCUGCGCGGGACAUUGCUCUCGAUUGCACGAAACCAUGGGACGAAACGGAGUUUCCCUACACCGAUGUCGGCGAGGUCAUUAUCAAUGAAAAUCUGACAAAAGAAGGCUCGGAAAGGCUAGAAUUUAAUCCAUUCCUCCGAUGCCACAAGGUGGAUGUAAUUCGGGCGACGUCAAGUAGUCAUAGCGCCUCGAUCGAUCACGGGCGCUCACUAGUCUACAAGAUCUGCCAGCACCUGAGAAAUGGAGAUCCUCUUCCUGAGGCAUGGAGGGUCUUCCUGGAGCAGUCGGACGUGAAGGUCGACCUCUCCGGGUGUCCAAUGGCGGCUUCACUCUAG